UUUCUAAAUUGUGAUGGAACUUUGGUUUUCUAUAUGAAAUUUAGGGUUUGGAUCGAAGUGUGUUUCUUUAUGAUUAUUGAUUAAAUACAGGUAUUUACUUUACAUUAUUAUACUACAUAGGCGUUUGCUAUUGUUCGGCAAGCUGCCAGGAGGAAGCUUGGCAUGCACCAUUUUGAUACACAGGUCUUUCUCUCAAACACACACUACAUAUGGUUGUUUUAAUUGGAGAAUGUUAACCUAAUUGUAUUCAUAUAAAGUUCAAUGAGUUUAUUACUCUAUUUUAUGUGAUGGAAUAUUUAAUUUGGUUGAUAAACCUGAUUAGAGUUUGGUCUAGAUUAUUGGUGGUGCAGUUUAAUGACAGGUCUAUUGCUGAGAUGAAAACGAGAUACGGAAAAACACUGGUCUCAACAUUGGCUGCAUAUCUUAACACCUUGACUGGCGAGGGUGUUCAUGUGGUUACUGUUAAUGAUUAUUUUGCUCAAUGUGAUGCUGAGUGGAUGGGUUGUGUUCAUCGCUUUUUAGGUCUUUCUGUUGGUCUUAUUCAAGGGAGAUCUUGUUCAAGUAGAUACUUGGGUAGCCCCAAAUGAUAAAAACGGUAAGCGCCGUGAUUGGCUACUUUGUGAUUAUAAAACAGACGAGGUUUUAACAAGAGCCU